GUGAAGGACAAAACCUUGGAAGGGGAACUUGGAACCUUGGAAGGCUGCUGGAGCCCAAGUCAGGUGAUUGAUAACUGAUUCCACCAGUGUUUGUGGUUUCCAACAUCGCGACGUGAGCUGAACAGCACCAAUCAUCCGCAUUCCAGGAUAGGAAUCCAAGGGUAGAAUCCCCGCGUUUGGGAUCCAAAUGCACGUCUGGUUUCCUCUCUCUCCAAUCCACGGCCAGAUAUCACAGGAUUCAAAAUAUGCCCAAUAGUGGCGCGUGCAUAGUAUGCCGCUCUUGCACAGCAAUCUCCACAGGGAGUGCAAGCUCAUCUCGCAUUAUUUGCUUGGACACUCCGCUGGUUGGACGAUAGUUGCUUGUCAACCUCUCAGGCUCUCACGGCUGCUCUCUUCAUUCGUCAGACAUCAGGAUCCUGCCAUUGAUCAACCACACUUCGAAGUUUCACCGAGCUAUACUCCGUAUUGAUCGCAAUGAUCCAACCGGAGUUUCUUCUGUUUCAUUUGUCCAACCGAGCUCAUUUUUGGGCAAACGUCUACCUCCGAAACUUAAAAUGCCGAUAGAUGGGUGGCCGUUACCCGGGCACGAAGAUAAAAUUGCCUUUGUUACCCCCGUCCAUCACUGGUCUAGCGCUUGAUACAGCCCACGCCAUGAUGUGGCACACUCUGAGCAAGCUGGAGCUCUGCAGAGUCUGCAUAGAUCGGGCGCCUCUUAGCCUUGAUGGGCACAUCAACACCGGAUGGCGAGCUCUGCAAGACCCGGGCGGAUUUUCGGAGGCCCUUUAUUUAGGAUAAACCGUUGCACCAGAACGUGAAUUUUUCAACCGAUUAUUGUUUGUGUUUAAAUUUCACGCACUUCAUGGUUCCCACAAUUCACUGAAUUGGUUAUUUUUCUUCUAUAUAUUUCUUGUCUAUCGGAGAUUGCUUUCACGCUCGGCACAAAUGGCGAAACCAGGUGUUGCUGGGACUUUAACGAAUGGCGAGAAAAAUGGACAGGUGAAUGGCAAACCAGCGGGUGCGCCCCCUCCCCUCGCAAAACGUAGCAAAGGGCGCCGCGUCGAACGAGAGGAAAUCGAGAACACGUUUGCAAAAUAUGCUGAAUUCAGUGGCGACCACUUCCACAUGAAGAAAGCCGUAGCCAGCACCAAAUUGCAAGAGGUGAAGUGGAUGGGCUGGAAGGGCGUACGCACUCUGCUAGCAGUGGUCAAGAGCAAAGCUUCUGGGAAACCCACCGAUGACAAGGAAUAUCUUAUGGAACGGAUCAUUCAACUCGUGGCCAAUCUUCCUGCGGAAUCAUCAGCCCGAAUGCAGCUCACCCAGACCUUUGUUAAAUCACUCUGGGUCUCUCUUCCUCAUCCACCCCUCACAUACCUUGGCGAUGAGUAUCGCUACAGAGCUGCAGAUGGAUCUAAUAACAACCCAAUGUUUCCUCGUCUAGGAGCUGCCAAUACACCUUAUGCUCGCUCCAUCAGGCCUAUAACAAUCCAGCCUGCUGCACUGCCCGAUCCGGGGUUGAUCUUCGAUAGUCUUUUCGCUCGCCAGGAAUUUAAACCUCAUCCUAACGGGGUUUCUAGCAUAUUUUUCAGCUGGGCAUCGUUGAUAAUCCACGACCUUUUCCAGACCGAUCCUCGGAAUCAACACAUCUCAAAAACUUCUUCGUAUCUCGAUCUUUCCACGCUUUACGGAGAUAAUCAAGAUGAGCAGGAUCAAAUCCGCACUUUCGAGGGUGGGAAGCUCAAGGUCGAUUCAUUUUCAGACGCUAGGCUAAUCGCGCUUCCACCUGCUUGCAGUGUCAUUUUGGUUAUGCUGAACCGGUUCCACAAUUACGUUGUCGAACAGCUAGCGUUGAUUAACGAAAAUGGACGGUUUACUAAACCCCCUGAUUACUUGUCACCUGAACAAUCGGCAAAAGCAUGGGCCAAAUAUGACAAUGACUUGUUCCAGACAGGGAGACUUAUAACUUGUGGUCUUUACAUGAAUAUCACCUUAUACGAUUAUGUGCGGACCAUAAUCAACCUUACACGAAGCAACACAACCUGGAGCUUGGACCCGAGAAUUGACACGAAGAAAACUGCGGCCCCAGAAUCUGCCGAAAGCGGCGUUGGAAAUCAGGUGUCCUUUGAGUUUAACCUUGCCUAUCGGUGGCAUUCAUGCAUUGGCCAACUUGAUGAGAAAUGGAUCGACGAAAUUUACCAGGAUUUCUUUGGCAAAAGCGCGGAACAAAUUUCGAUGCCAGAGCUGAUGGCCGGAAUGAGCAAAUGGCAACAGCUCCUUCCCGGAGAUCCUUCUGAGAGAACAUUUGCCAAGCUUGAGCGGCAAGCAGACGGGCGAUUUAGGGACGAAGAUUUAGCUAGAAUUAUGACUGAGGCGACUGAGGAAGUUGCAGGAACUUUUGGUCCGCGUAACGUUCCCAAGGCCCUUCGAGCGGUCGAAAUAUUGGGAAUUCAGCAGGCGCGAAAAUUUGGCUGUGGCUCUUUGAAUGAGUUCCGGAAGUUCUUUGGCUUGAAGGAGUACGAAACAUUUGAGGAAAUCAACUCCGACCCCGAAAUAGCCGGCCAACUUCGGAAUUUGUACGAGCAUCCCGAUUAUGUCGAGCUUUACCCAGGCAUUGUUUCAGAGGAGCCAAAGAUUCCUAUGGUCCCUGGCGCCGGAAUCUGUCCAACUUAUACUAUCUCCAGAGCAGUUCUUUCAGACGCGGUCGCGCUUGUGCGUGGAGACAGAUUCUACACCAGCGACUACAACGCUAAAAACUUAACGAACUGGGGCUAUGCUGAGACUCACUAUGAUCUUAGCAUCAACGAGGGAUGUAUGUUCUACAAGUUGAUGUUGCGUGCCCUUCCGAAUUAUCUCAAACCCGAUUCGAUCUAUGCACACUAUCCCAUGACAGUUCCCAGCGUAAACAAAGAAAUUUUUACCAAGCUAGGCAGAGAAAGUCAUUAUUCUUGGGAUCGUCCCGCGUUGCAGCCCCCUCGAAUUGAUCUCACGUCCUACAAUGGCGCAAGAGCAAUUCUGCAAAAUGCGAAAGAUUUCAGGGUCACUUGGGAGGGGGCCUUUGGCUCACUUCCCGGAAGUAAGAGCUUUAAUGAGACGCAAACCAAAGCCAUGGAUGAAGUCUUUGCUCAAGACUCAUGGCGCGAGACUGUGAAGACAUUCUACAAGGAUAUUACCCAAGAGCUGCUGAAGCAAAAUUCAGUCAAAAUCGCUGGAAUUAACCAGAUUGAUAUCACUCGGGAUCUGGGUAAUCUCGCGCACGUCCACUUCGCCGCGAGCACUUUCGACCUUUCAAUCAAAACUAAGGAUAAUCCCGAGGGUAUAUUCACGGACCAUGAAAUGUUCAUGGUAAUGGUGGCGCUUUUCACCAGCGUAUUCUCUGAUAUAGACCCUACAAAAACUUACCCUCUGCGGCAGGUGGCUCGGGAAGUCGGUGAAAAGCUUGGCCAGAUCGUGGAAUCAUACGUCAAAUCUGUUAAGAGGCCUAAACCGUUCUCUGGUAUUGCUGAUAAGUUCCAAAAAGGUGGCAAUACGCUGGCUAAAUACGGUGCCGAUGCAACCCGUAAACUUCUGAAGAGUGGCCUCGGCGUUUCGCAGGUGGCUUUGUCGCAUAUCCUUCCCAUUAUCUGUACAUCGGUUCCAAGUCAAGCUCAAGCUUUCACUCAAAUCCUGGGCUAUUACUUAUCAAAUGAGGGCAAAGUACACCUCUCUGAUAUCAACCGCCUAGCAAAGGAAGACUCCUUAGAAUCCGACACAAAACUUCUACAUUUCUGUAUGGAAGGGCUUCGGCUUAGUGGGACAUUCGGAUCAUUCCGCGAAGCAAAUGCAAACGUCUUGAUCAAUGACGGUGGUCGUGAGGUUUCCAUCAAUGAUGGAGAUAAAGUUUUCGUGAGCAUGAUUUCUUCUGCUAGGGACCCCAACAUAUUCCCAACACCCGAUAAAGUCGUUCUCGACCGGCCUCUAGAAUCCUACAUCCACUACACCGAUGGCGCAUUUACUUGUUUCGGAAGAGAUGCACAGAUGGUGGCACUAGCGUCCAUGCUGCGUGUUGUUGGGCGUCUGGAUAACCUACGUCCCGCACCAGGUGCUCAAGGUCAGCUGGUGAAAGUUAGCCGUCCUGGCGGGCAUUUCGCCUAUAUGCGACAGGACUAUGGUGGCUAUUCCGUGCUUCCAACAACUUUGAAAGUUCAUUAUGACAGUGAACUUAAAUAACUAUGCAAGGUAUUUUUCAUAGGUUAGAUAUUUUAGAGGUAGCACCUUUCACUUCGUUGCUUCUCAUCUGAUCUCUUGGGGAAAAAAAAAAAAAAAAAGCACACUUUGC